GGGUGGGAUAAUUCUGUGUAACAUAAAUCCCCUAUAAUAGCUAGCACGAAAGAAAAUUCGGGUGCGAAAAUGCUUUCCCUACAGCUCACAGAAAAAGUGAAGUGUGCUUCCAUCGUGGAAUUUUCUCGUCUCUCACCUAUUUUAUUCGUCUACUUUGGGAUAUAGUGUCAAGAUAAACACCUAACGCAGUUAUCUCUCAGUGAGCAUGGAAAAAUACAUCGUUUUUGACCCGAAACUCACAAAACCUGAUCGAAUCGUUUUGGAAACACUCACGUCAGAUAUCGAACGGUUCUCCAAUAGCACCAAAAGCGACAGAGCGGAAGCUGAUAAUGAAAACAACACCGCAGGCCAGAUUGUCAGCUGUGAGAAAACCCAGUAUGCCUCAGCUAUUUCAAAACUUGACGCUCUGAACAACCCGAAACAUCCCGACUUCGAACCCACCGUCUUCACAGAGCACGAUUAUGAUCGAAUCGAAUGGAAUACGAGCAUCGGCCGGCAUGUCCUUCGGCCGUAUCUUCGUCUCGCCCAAUAUGUGGUGAGACACGAAAGUGACGUAGUCAUGUUGACCCAUCUACUACUAUACUUCUCAACAUCGGUACCGAGCGCUCUCAUUCUGUAUCUCUGGCGUUUCACCUGGAUCCACGCUGUGCUACAUUUCAUCAUGCAAGUCUCCUACAUGGGGACGUACACUUUGAUGAUGCACCAGCAUAUUCAUAUGAGAGGGAUACUCAGUACUCAAUUUGCUAUCUUCGAUCAUCUCUUCCCUUAUAUUACCGAUCCCCUUAUGGGACACACGUGGAACUCAUAUUACUAUCAUCAUGUCAAGCAUCACCACGUGGAAGGCAACGGACCUGAUGACCUUUCAUCAACAAUUCGUUAUCAACGUGAUAAUAUUUUUCACUUCCUUCAUUAUGUCGGCAGGUUUUUCUUCCUCAUUUGGUUCGACCUUCCGUGCUACUUUCUGCGGAAACAGAAACCUGGUUUUGCUGCAAAGGCAGCCUUUUGGGAGAUCGGUAACUAUACCGCACUGGCCUCACUCUAUGCCUGGCAACCGAAGCCGACGUUAUUUGUGUUUCUUUUACCUCUAUUGCUACUACGGAUUGGCCUCAUGAUAGGCAACUGGGGUCAACACGCGUUCGUUGAUACUCAUGAACCGGAUUCAGAUUAUAGGUCAAGUAUUACGUUGAUCGAUGUUCCAAGCAACCGUUACUCUUACAAUGAUGGAUACCAUACAUCUCAUCAUCUAAACCCCCAGAGACAUUGGAGGGACCACCCCAACGCGUUCAUCAAGGGAAAGUGGAAAUAUGCGGCUAAUGGAGCUCUGGUGUUUCAUAAUAUCGACUAUAUCAUGAUUACUUUACGCCUUCUCAUGAAAGAUUACGCUCAUUUGGCGAAGUGCAUGGUACCCAUUGGCAUGGAGCAGCUGGCGAUGAGUUUAGCUGAUCGAGUCCUUCUACUAAAAGCGCACACUCAGCGGUUCUCGGAACAAGAGAUUAAAGACAAGUUCAAAAACCCUGAUCACAUAUACUGAAAUAUUAAUACCCGGCUCUGUCCCCAACUAGAAGUCGACUGUAGUUAAAAUCGUAUCUCGCUGGCGGUUAGGGCAGCUAUACGUUUUGGAGCGUGCCAGGAAUAUGGCGAUAUUAACUAAUCUGUAUUAAAUUCUGGAUUGUAUAUUAAUAGUAAUAUUGAAGUCGCAAGCUUCGAGUCUAAGCAAAUUUGGUUCGACAAUACUGAAGACAGUAAUUAUGGAGUUCUCUAUGAACCCCUCUUAUGUCACAUUCAGGCGGAGAAUACAUAUAGCCC